AUGGUUUCCAUGAUUGACCACCAAGCCAAUACUGAACAGUCUGUUGAAGAGAAGGGUGCCGUUCUAGCCAACCCGGAAGAGACGGCUGGAGAUAAUGAGGAGAAGACCCAGCAGCAGGAAGAAGAGCAAAAGGAAUCCGACGUUCCUCAAGGCAGCAUCACCGAGGCCAAAUCACUCUUCCAGAAGAAAGAUUCGGAAGGGAAGUUCCAAUGGGUCGUCGAUGAGCCACAAGAUGCCGUCGAAGCAGCAGAAACGAAGGAAACUGCUCGUUUCGCCUUUCUUGUCCGCAAGAAGAAAAGUUACGAUAGUCGGAAGAAGUAUGACAUCGACUCGAUAAUCGUCCAAAGUCCGUGGCUCAAGAAGUCGUUGGGUGCCAUGCUAAAGGACUAUCCUGGAGUUACUACAAACCUUGAACGUCUUGUCUUCAAAGCACCCUUCCAUCCAUUUGUUCACCGUUGGGCCAUACUCACAUCACUACUCGAAAAUGACGACUUCGAGGAACCAGUUGCCAAAGAGCACCUCCAGUUGUUCCACGACGUCAUAUUUGAGGAACUCAAGAACGCCAUCGCAGCAAAGAUUGAUCUCGUGAAGAACGGAGUCAUCACGUUUGAUUACUUAUGGACCAUUUUUGAACCUCAAACAAUGGUGUACAGUAUCUCUGAUGGCAAAGAAUGUGUCUUCAAGCUCAACUCCACGCAGAACUGCACGGAUUCAAGACGAGGAAUGCAAUUUCUGCGUCUCGAUGUUUGGUCUUGUGAUUGGGAUGGAACCAAAUUUGGACAGAAUCAUAGCUCUUUGGACAACUAUGAGUUCCAAGGGACCACCCCAAUCAUCAAUCUCUCGGCCUAUCCUCUCGACUUCCAUCCUCAAAAGGAGGCUUUGAUUCAACGGUUGGUGUUGAGAGGUAAAUUAUUUGAGCGAUAUGCAGGCUACCACUACAUGGCGUACCGCGGUGUAUGCCUUGGAUAUGGAAGAUGCGGGAUGAUUCGCCAUAAUGUUGAAACUCGGAUCAUCAUCGACUGCGAUGCUCACAAUAGGUUCAUGCCUAAUUAUGCUGUGUAUUUCACCUCACUUGGCAGGGCCACAGACAGUACUCUACUCCGACUCGGUGCGGAGUCGCAUGAUAGUGAUGAUGAAGACGAAGAGGUUUCUGACUCCGAAGACUACUUCGACGAUGCAGAGGAUGUUGUCUCGGAGGGUGCAAUGUCCAACGAUGCCCGCAAGCCAAAGCAUCGCCCACUAACAACCGAAGAGCUUCUCCUCUGUGUUCCCUAUGUCCGAGGUUAUGCGAUCAAGACUAAGAAGUGGUUGUGGUUUUACGUCGACCAGAUCGCUCCAAUCAAAUUCGCCGAAAAUGCGUUUUCGUCCUUGGUUUUACCAUCGGAGCAAAAGUCGCUCAUUAGAGCCUUUGUGGAGUCUCAAGUCAAGUACAAGGAUGACUUUGACGAUGUCAUUGCUGGAAAGGGACGCGGAAUGUAA